AUGAGCAAAUUCAAGGGUCUCGCUCAGGGUUUCCUCGCUCAAGCAGCUGCAAGCUUCAAGAACUUCUUGCCCGAGAACAAAAAGCUACACGUUACACGUGUCACGGACGCCAUUUGUGAGAUGAAGCCCAACACCGAGGACGAAAGCUUCCUGUACUUGGACCCGAAGGCCAACGGCAACGUGCCUCGACAGCGAUCUCCUUUCCGUGAGGUGAUGGUAUUUAUGAUUGGAGGCGGCAACUACAACGAAUACCAGAAUCUGCUGGCUUACGCCAAGGGACAGCAGCCGCCGCGGUCGAUCUGGUACGGCUGCACAGAGCUUCUGAACCCCGAAGCAUUCUUGCACCAACUCAGCUCCAUCGGAGCCUAA